CCAGAGAUGCAAGCUGAAGUUCUGGAGGAGGAAAGUCCUGAUGUCACCAUCAGUGAGGUCACUGACAUCCUCAUCAACAGCCCUCUGAAGGUGCCACAGUAUGAUGACCAGUUGGAGAUGUCACCCCCUAAUACUCCUUUUCUCCAGGAAGGGUCAUCUUCCACUUCAUCUCAGGAAACCAGUUUUGAUGCAAGCCCUGUCUCUCACACUCAUACUGUUGGUCCAGUCAGAGGUGCGCUUACUGAUGACAACUCCUUUAGUGGACCAAGCAGUGCUUCAUCCCAGUCUGAGACCAGCGGGGAACUUACAGAAGAUGACACCUCCAGCAGUCCAAGGAAAAUGUUUCAGGAUACUACCCGGUGUGAUUCCAGAGGUUUUCCUGGAUGGGAGGCUAUUGACAAUUUGGCGGAGUAUCUUUUAAGCCUCAAUCGUACGAUAACUGCGCUGUCAACCACAGAGUUGGCAGAAAUCAUGCAACUGUAUUCUGCUUUACAUGCCAUGGACAAGCGGCCCUCCAAAUACACCCUAAAAAGUAAGGAGAACAUUGCCAGGACCAUGGAGAGCUUCCCGGAAACGCAGUGGCUCUGCACCGGGUCAACAGGCAGCUGAAAGGCUGUUCAUGACCCAUGGCCAGGCUGCCCAGAGACCUGACACCACUAGAAUCACUGAGUGCAUUUGCCUCAAGCUACUAAAAGAAUACCAACAAGCGAGGAACCGACCAAAAGACUGCAAGGGAAAAGUUCUGCCCAUUCCACAGUCAAUUGUGCAAACCUACUGCCAUGUUAAACAGCUGCUUGAAGACUGCCAGCCCAUACAAGAUAAGACCAACUUGUUGUUAGUCACCAUCAACAACACCACAGUAUGUGCCUGGCUACAUGGGCGACAGAAAAGAACAGACCGAGACACUCUCCUGCGAGGAGUACAGCUUCCACAGAAGGUGUCUGUGGCUGAAAAUUCCCUGCCAGAUCCAAGACAGCUCCCCUCUAUUCCUGUUGAACAUGGACAUAAAUGCAUGGAGUUUCAGGAACCUGAAAAUCGUGAAGGCGAGGCAGUGAUACGUCCACGCGUUGGUGGUAAAACUGGCUCUUCAAAGCAUUGUCCUCCUUAUUCUAAGACUGCUUUGUCAUUAUCAUGCCAGCAAGGUCACUCUUCACCAGGCCCAGCUCCUACCUGCUUCUUGUAUGCACAGAGUCAGCAGCCACAAUCACCUGCUUGGCCUUAUUAUGAGCAGAAUCAGA